AACUGACAGCUGACAGCGCUCUGUUUCGUGUCCUGAUUUUUCUCUAAGAAAAAUAAAUAAAAUAAUAAAUAAAUGCUGCUUACUUGCAUAGCUAAAUAAUCAAUGGCAUACAUUUUACGUUGAAAGAUUUCAAACAUUAAACAUGGAUGAAGAGGAGAAGAACUCUAUUAUACAAAGUCUUAAUUUAAGAAUAGGUGGCGAUAUUAAUGAUUUAGCAAGUGCUGUAGAAUUACAAGCAGAAUUAGCGGUCAAGCGAGAUCAACUUCAAAAUAGCUUAAAUGUAGCCAACAAUGAAGUGCCAACGAAACUGUCAGCAGCUUUAAAGAAGGCAGAGUUAAAUUCUAAUCAAAUAGAUAAGUUGAAGAGUCGCAGUGAUGAUUUAAAGAAGAAGGUUGAAGCCUUUCUGAACAAAACUGAGCCAUUGAGGUCUGAGAUUGAUAAGAGGUUUGCAGCUAUCAAUAAACUGGAAGAGGUCUUAGUUUACUUAAGGUCGUUUGAGAAAAUUGAUGAACUGAGCCGCCAAAUGAAACAAACUAAUGAUGAUGAGCAAAUGGUGUUACUGUACAGUGAGCUCAGGAAGAUGUGCGCCAUGUACCAAAAGGGGCAUAGAGCCAGUUAUGUGAAGGAGUACACACAUUAUUGGCAUAACGUUCUCAAAGAUAAACUCACGAAACAUUACGAAGAUGUACUGAAGCAGCUGAAAUGGCCAUUCUCAGCUCCAGCAGACGCCUCCCCAAUACCCAAAGAGGUGAUGGUGAAGUUCAACAGUCUCACUAAAUAUCUAUUUCUCAUUGAAGAACCUGAGGAUCUAGUCAACAGUAAUGUGACAGAUGAAUUGGGACAAGAGAAAGGUCCAUGCCUGCCAGUGAGAGUGUUACUACGUCCUCUUAAAAAGAGGUUCCAAUUCCAUUUCACGGGUUCACGUCAGACGGCCCGUAUCGAUAGACCGGAAUGGUUCCUUACACAGACCCUCACUUGGAUCAAACACCAUCAAGUUUUCGUCCAGUCUUAUGUUCAGCCGAUUGCUGAUAAAUUGGAACUAAAGCAUGUUAAGGCAGCGGAUGAAUUCAAUGCUGGCCUCAUAGCACUGGCAGCCGAGAGAUUGCACACAGUACUUGCGUUGUAUCACACUCAAAGUUCUAAGGGCGAAAUAGUCGAUGUCGACGCGGCUUUCGCUCAUGCCGUGGAUGAAACCCUCGGCUUCCAAAGGGAAUUAGUUGAUAUCACUGGAAAAGAUAUUAACAGUGUACUGUCAGUUUUGACGAAGGCGGAAACUUUUGUGAGAUGGCAGACUGUGGAAAAGAAAUAUGCCUUAGCAAAAAUGGACGAGAGUCUAGAAUGUUCUCAGUGGAGCGAGGGAGUAGGUGCAGGGGCCGGGGCGGCGACUGGCUCUGCGUUGUGGAUACCACGUGCGGCUGAUUGGUUCGUUACUUUACUGAGGACCAUUGAAGACCGAUAUGCGUUGUUGCCGCAGCCGGGACACAGACUACAAUUCCUGGAGCUUCAACUAGAGCUAGUAGAAGAAUGGCGUAUCCGUCUCACACAGCUGCUCAGCGCGGCCAUAGACUCGUUACAUGUGGACUCCUUCCUAUCGCCUGACACGGGAUCUCAUCCGUUGACAGCUGUCAUUAAUGCCGCUCAUCAUACUAGGACUGUUUUGUUGCAGUGGGCGCAUUCUUUGCAUUAUCUACAACUACAUUACUACCGGCGUCAGUUCCACAACUUCACGCAACAACAGCAUCAAGACGAUGAGUUCAGUGACACCACUUCUGACACUGACUACACGGAUUCUGAUGAAAUGCCUUGCAAGAGGAAUAAAGAAAUAACAGCGGAAGCAUUAUCGCUAAUGGAAGUGGAACUACGAGCCAAGAACUUAGCGCUCAGUGAAAUGUCCAGACAUAGUUCAAUGGUCCCAGAUUUGAACCAAUACGAUGUGACAUCACCAAUAGUAAACCUGGCAGUAACAGAACCCUUAACGGGUGAAGAUGAGGCAGAGGAAGCAGGGGUGUUUGCCGAAGCACCCGCGUUGCUCGCUCGCCUCAGAGACAGCGGCCUCGCGUCUCUGGCCGAACAUAUACUGCUCGAGUUUAAGGCGGGCUUGAAGGACUAUAAGAGGCAAAAAUGGCACGGGCUAUUAAUCGUAGAAGAAAUGGCGCUAAGUGUAUCGGGCUCGCUCUGCCGGCCGCUCGCGGCGCUGUGUGCGCGACUGUCCGUGGCCGCACUACGACUCGCGCCCACACUUACCACGAGACUGCGGGCGCAUCUCGCUGAUAUUGUUGAUCAGUAUAUUUUUGAGGAGAUCGUACUAGAGAGCUGGUUCAAUACGGGCGGUACGAUGCAGUUCACACACGACGUCAAGCGUAACCUCGUACCUGCGUUUGCGCCACCGAACAAAAUCGCCACGCAAGUCUACCAGUUACCCAGGCUCCUAGAAGCGUGUAAACUCCUGAACAUGGAUUACGACGACGCCCGCCGACUCCGCGCUCUCUUAACAAAACAGCCCGCUGCCGCCGCGGAACUUCUGGAACAUCAUUCCAUUCGUUACAUACAAACAGCUCAGGCCCUACAAAUACUUAACCAGAGGACUGACCUCAGUGACGCCACCAGUCCCUCGUCGGUCAUGGAGUUGUUCUGAAACUUCGAAGGAGGAGGCGUCUAAGCAACUUGCUAAUAUUGGGGUGGAUCGAAAUGGCCGCCUGUAAGGUGUCGUGUAACUUUGAAGUGCGGUUCUCGUUUAGAUUUUCUGCCAUAGAUAAUGAAGGCUUAGACUAAGAAUAUUAGUAAGAAAAUACAAUAGUGUGUGAACCAAUAGGUAAUCUUGAGGUUU